GUCUCGGCUUACAUCACGUGUGUCAUAAGAAUCUCGUCGCUUGAAAUGCCGAUAGGUGUCUAGUCUCGGAUUGCGGACUGGCACCCAUAUCUGUGAUCGUUGCGCCGCCCCUCCCCAUCAGGACUUCGGUUUGAUUUUUCCGUUGGCUCGUAAGUAUCCCUUCUUGGUGCUCUGUUCCGAGGGACCUUCCCUUCCUUUGCUGCGACUGCGAGCGACCAAAAUCCAAGAUUUUUCCUUCUUCCCAAUUCUACCCAAGGUGCCGGUGCUGCUGAUUUUCCAAAAAUUGUGGUAUUGGCACUUCGUUUCGGAAUCACUCCAGAAGCCACCCGUGUUCUUUCCGGUUAGUUCUAGGGGGGCAGGGGCGAGGGCUCAGCCUGAGUCCCCUUUGCAUUUGGAUUUUGGAGUCCGAGGCCAACCCAAGCUCUCUCCUUUCUCGUGGUACACGUAAUCUGAGUAUCUGACUCGGAGCCUGACCGCGCCCCUGUCCUCCCCUCGCUUAUUCGCCGCCGUCCUCGCCCGCCGGACACUCGGAGCCGCCGGACUGAGAUUCGCUGCGCUCUUGGUGUAAUUCGUGAAGCGUUUUUCUUGAUUCCGGAGAAUAGCCGCCGUGGGGGUACCACCCUAUGUGGCACAUUGGGAUGGGCAACGUUCUGAAUCUCAUUGGAGGAAGAACUGCAUCGCAACAAUGCCAUCCGGAACAUAAAUACCAAGGCAGAAUACAACAUUAUCAAUUCGAACUGUGGAGCAUUCUGAUUUGCAGAGCUAUAUCAGAAUACAUUUGUCGUAAGCUAAUCUAUGAGAAGGGGACAGUGAAUGAUCAAUUCAGAAAGUGGAACAUUCUAUUCUGCAGAACUGUGUCAGAGUACAUCAGUAACAAACUGUUCUACGUGAAGACUAUAGCAGAUGCUCAGUUUCUGCAGCGGAGCAUUCAAAUGUUCAAAGCUGUAUCACACGACAUCCAUAAACUAAUUUAUGGAAAAGGUACAGCAAAUGAUCAAUUUCAACUGUGGACUGUUUUGCUUUGGGGAGCCAUAUCAAGAUACAUUUAUCGCAAACCAAUCUAUAAAAAGGGAAUAUCAAUUGAUCAGUUUGUAAACCUCCCGGAGGAUGUGCAAUGCAUUAUUUUGUCAAAAUUGCCUCUGAAGGAGGUCGUAAGGACUAGUGUUCUAUCGAGUAAAUGGAGAUGUUUGUGGACAGUUUGCCCCAAACUGAGUUUUGAUGGCACUAUUAUGUUUGGCAAGGGCAUGAAUGGUAAACAAAGGGAGCACUAUACUCUACAAUUCAUUAACACUGUUAAUGAAGUCCUGCAGCAGUGCCAUGGCAGGGUUGUUGAAGAGCUAGUGAUCAAAUUUGGGUUUGACAACCUGUUGGUUGAUCAUCUCAAUACUUGGGUUAGAUUUGCUGCAUCAUCGCAUACAAAGUUUCUAGCUUUUGAUCUAACACCAAGAGGUCUUAAAGCUUUCGAUGAUCCUCAGUACAUCUUCCCUUUCCAACUUUUUAACAGCAGAAGUAUAUCUCAUCUACAGUAUGUUCAGCUUCGCUUUGUAUCUGUCAAACUACCUACACAGUUCAUUGGCUUCCCGAAACUUAGAAAGCUUGAUCUGCACAAAGUCAAGGUCACUGCAAAAGAUCUUCAGGAUAUGUUGUCUAACUGCUGCGCUCUUGAGUGGUUGAGUAUUGUUCAUUGCAACAUGGAUGGUGAACUAAAGGUUCUUUGUCCACUUCCCUGCCUGCUAUACUUGAAUGUUGCGUACUGUGGGCUAACAAAGAUGGAAUUUCAUGCCGUGAAACUCAGAACAUUCGUUUACAAAGGAUCAGCGGUGCCUAUUAACUUCAGUGUGGUAUCUGAGCUGAAAAAUGCAAAUAUAGUUUUUGCUGGAGUAACAAUUGGGGACGCUAUCGCUGCACUUGCUAAUGUGCUCACAAAUGUGCAAAAUCUGAGCUUUGACAUUUAUGUCAAUCCACCUGAGGUUCCUUGUCUGAUGGAAAAUCCGUGCAAGUUUUCUCAUUUAAAGUGUUUACAAUUGCUGUUGUCCUACGAUAUGGACGUUGACAACCCAUCUUUGGUCCCUUUUCUGGCAGCUGCUCCUUUCAUUGAGAAGUUAGAAGUUCAUUUUAGUAGUCUUUUUGGUUUUUACUAUAUGAAAGGAGCAUCUAUCAGGAGAUUCCGGCAUACGUACAACCAUCUCAAGGACGUGUGUAUUACAGGAUUUAAAGCAUCCAGUGGCCAAAUUGAAUUUCUUGUACACAUUGUGGAGAAUACCCCUGCGUUGGAGGUUUUAACCAUAGACCCAUUGGAUAGACAGACGGGGGGAGAUCCAUUGAUAGUUAUCGAGAGAGAAGCAGGCUUUAUGGAUGCAGCUUACAGAAUUGUUCGAGAAUAUAUUGAAGGGAACGUUUCACCGAAAUGUUCUUUGAGACUGCUAUUUUAGAAGUGGCAUUGUGCAACAUGUGCAGUAACUGUUUCUGAUAGCUCUUAGGGAUGAUUGUAAAUAGGGCAAAUUCGCUGUAGGAGGUCGUGAUCUUUUUGCAGCACAUCGUUGAAGUUUUCUUUGUAAGAAACUUUUGACAAUGUCGUGCAGCAAAAACCACGAUAUAAUAGUGUCCAGCAACCAAAUUUCCCUUGUAAAUAUGAAUGCUCCUAUGCUUAUCUGGUUAUGAAUUAUGAUGAUGGCAGCAGUUUUUGGUUCUC